AUGUCUCUCAGUUCCGCGACCGGUAACCUGGCUGGCCGUCCGCCCAAGCUGGCCAACGACCUCAAGUCGACCGUCCAGCAAACGCAGGACACCACCACGCAAACCGCCACUCGGUUGCCCGACUCGGUCCUCCCCGGCGAAUAUCCCGGCGAGCCAGAUCAUAUUCAAGAUGCGCAGCGCGACGACGCCAACAAUGGGCCGGUGCUCGCGCCCCUCCAGCAGUGGUGUCGCCAGUCCCUGCCCCGUCUGCUCGAUCGCUUCGAGGCCCAUCUCGCCUGGCUGCUCUCCUGGAUCCUGCCGGCGCCGCGCCAGGCCUGGCUCUACGACGAGGCCGCGCGCCGUCCCGCCAGCACCACCUUCCUCGUCUGCCAAGCUAUCUGUUGCGGCGUGCCCUUACUCGUCUUCCUUGCGGGCGUCUUCGUCUUUGCUGCGGUCGCCAUUGUUCUCUGGGCGAUACUGUCGGUGCUCAUUCUGGGACCGGUGCUCCUGGUGGCGAGUAUGAUGGGCGUGUCGCUGUGGGGUUGGGGCUGGCUGCUGUACGGCCUCAUCAAGUGGAUCGAUCAGAAAUACCUGGGCGGGUUGAUCUCUCGGUUCUGGCUCUCGCGUAUGCCAUCGCCGGAAGUAAUACUUACUAGUAACUCAUUCAACAUGUCGUUGAUGUGCACAUUCGUUAGUUAA